GCAGUAAAAACUAUAUAUCAGUGGCGUAGCCAGAGAUGACGAGUCAGUUUAGGUCGGGAUGCGAGUUCCUCUAGUGCUUUGAUCAUGCACCAACUUGUGUAAUGACAAUAUGAUCAGAUGUGUUUCUUGGGUCUAAAACAUAUAUAAACACGCAUGAAUAAAUAAUUAUAUACAAACUGAUGCUAUGUCGGACAAUUUACAUGGUGUAUUUUGGGGGAAACCAACAACCGGGACGCAAACGUUGAUUGCAAUGGGACGCGGCGGUCAGAAGAGAGAUGUAAUAGCGAGUGACAGAAGUAGGGCCGGAAGUGACGUCUUGACGUGGGCGGAAAUUUCCAGGCACGUGACGAAUAAUGAUCGAUGGAUCGUGAUUGGUGGAGAGGUGUAUGACGUCACAGAAUGGUCCAAGAAACACCCAGGCGGCCCUCGUUUGAUUGGUCACUACGCCGGUCAAGAUGCCACGGAUGCGUUCGGCGCGUUUCACAACAACGGUGAUCACGUGCGCAAGUUCCUGAAGCCGCUGCACGUUGGGUCGGUGGAGGGCUACACUGACAACGACCUGGACAAGGACUUCCGGGAGCUCAAAAGCACCGCCGUCAAGAUGGGCUGGUUUCAACCCAGCUACACUUUCUAUACUCUGGUGGUGGGUCACGUGGUGUUGUUCCAAGUGUUGACCUACAUGGUACUCCACUGGUUUGACGUCACCUGGUGGUCAGUGUUGCUGUCCUUGGCCUGCUUUACCAUCGCGCAGUCGCAGGCUGGCUGGACGCAACACGACUUCGGUCAUCUGUCUGUGUUCAAGCACUCCUGGUUGGAUCAUGGUGUCCAUCAUUUCCUGAUUGGCAUCAUCAUGGGAGCUUCUUCUAGCUGGUGGAACCACAUGCACUAUCAGCAUCAUGCCAAACCCAAUGUGAUCAAUAAGGAUCCAGAUGUGCGUCUUGAACAGCUGUUUGUUGUGGGGGAUGAAAUGCCGAAAACAGUUGCAAAGAAAAAGAAGAAAUCCAUGCCAUUUAAUCUUCAACAUAAAUAUUUCUUUGCACUUGGCCCACCUCUUCUAUAUCCAGUUUACUUCCAGAUUAUGUUAUUUAGACACAUGAUCACUAGGCGCCUAUGGAACGAGCUGACAUAUUCCAUGGUGUUCUACAUUUCCUAUAUCUACCUCUUUGUGCCAAAGCUUGGCUUCUUUGGAGCAGUGGCAAUGUAUUUUGCAAUGAGGUGUCUGGAGAGCCACUGGUUCACCUGGGUGUCUCAAUCCAACCAUAUCCCCAUGACUGUGAGAAGUGACCAGAGCCUGCCAUGGCUUGUCAUGCAGUUGAACGCCACCUGCGACAUCGAGAAGUCGCCCUUCAAUGAUUGGUUCACUGGCCACCUCAACUUCCAGAUCGAACACCACCUAUUUCCGACCAUGCCGAGACACAACCUCUACAAGGUGGCUCCUCUAGUACAGUCGCUUUGCAAGAAACAUGGCAUCCCAUACACUGUGAAGCCUCUUCUGCAGUCCUUUGUGGAUAUCGUCAGGUCCCUUAAAGUGUCAGGAGAGAUGUGGAAGGAGGCCUAUGAAGAGAUCCAUAGCUAACAGAAGCACAUCCUAGAGUUUUCAAUUUUCCCCCCAGAUAUAUCUCCAAAGUGAAGGAUACAGAUCAAACAUUGUUUUUUUACAUGUGUUGCAAGUUCAAUUUUUAAGGGCUCACAAGGUGAUAACAAAAUAAAACUUUUUAGCAGAAUUUCUUUGAAACAGCAGCAAAUAGAGAAGUGCAUAAAAUGUGCAAAAGUAUGCACAAAGGAAAUUGGGCAAUGUAUUAACAGUGCAAAGGUAUGCAUAGUUUAAUUUUCUCAGUUCAUUAUAAAUGGGUAUUUUCCUUUUUAUGACAAUUUUUAGGUUUCUUGCCAAGGGGAGCAUACAAUGUACAUCAUAGGUAGUCCAUCUACAUGGUACAUUGUAUAUGUAACAGGUGAGCAUACAAUGUACAUCAUAGGUAGUCCAUCUACAUUGUACAUUGUAUAUGUAACAGGUAAUAUAAGAGGCUAAUCUUAGACUACGCAAAUUGAACAAUUUCAUAAUGUGUUUUGUAUGACAUUAACCUAAAUUCAUGUUUUUUCUGUUAUAAAGAAAUAGGUUGUUAAGUUUCAAUAAACCACUUGACCUUUCAAUGCCCAUAAUAAAUUGAGAGGUACAUACCUGUUACAAACAUAAAAGGUGGCAUUAAAUGAGUUCUUGUUCAUGUACAAAUGUUAUCUAUUACAUUAUAGUAUACAUUACUGCUAAAACUUAAGAUUUAUUACAAAGUGUGAAAGUACACAACAUUUAGUUAUGUCAAAUAAUAUAUAUAGAAAAAAAUACUGAAAGAAACCAUACUGUUUGAAACUUCAUAAUUAUAUCUCUUGCAGCCAUAACAUGUUUAAAUUUAACAAGAUGAAAAAUACCAAUAAGAAUAGUUUAUGUAAUGUUGAUUUUUUCCUGUGGCCACACAUUAGUCUGAAUAAAAUGUGCAAACAAAAUGCAUACAUACAUGUUGGCAAAACUUGAAAAAAGGAUCUGUUUUUCAGUGUUCAUUAAGAUUUAAAGGAUCUUUUCUGCAGUGUUCAUUAAGAUUUAAAGGAUCUGUUUUUCCGUGUUCAUUAAGAUGUAUUACUUCAGCAAAUGUCUUAUUUCUGUUGUGGACUAUGUAAUUCAUAUAUUUUUUAUAUUGUGUAUUUUGGUAUAUUAGGAAUAAUAAAAAUUUCUUUAAAA